AUGACGCACGCGCUCUUCACGCCCAUCCAAGUGGGACGCAUGAACCUUAAUCACCGUAUUGUCCUCGCCCCCCUCACCCGUUAUCGCGCCUACUCCACCCACGUACCAGGGCCCCACGCAGCCACCUACUAUGCCCAACGUGCAUCUGUCCCUGGAACCCUCCUUGUCUCCGAGGCUACCUACAUCUCUCAGGCUGCUGGCGGAAAGGACUUCGUCCCGGGCAUCUAUACGCAGGAACAGGUAGAAGGAUGGAAAAAGGUCACGGAUGCCGUGCAUGAGAAGGGUAGCUUUAUAUUUUGCCAGCUGUGGGCACUCGGGAGGGCAGCAUUUCCCGAAGUGCUCUCCAAGGAGAAUAACUCCCCGUUUGUAUCUGCCUCCCCUAUCCCACUCUCCACCAACCCUACAGCUAUCCCGCACGCCCUCACAGAGUCGGAGAUAAAGACAUACAUUACUAGUUACGCCACUGCUGCCAGGAACGCCAUCGCAGCGGGCUUCGAUGGUGUCGAAAUUCAUGGUGCAAACGGAUACCUCAUUGACCAGUUCUUGCAAGAGGUGAGUAACACUCGUGAGGACCACUGGGGUGGGAGUAUCGAGAAGAGAGCAAAAUUUGCAAUUGAGGUCGUGGAUGCAGUUGUGAAAGAGGUCGGCGCUGAGAUGGUCAGCAUUAGAUUGAGCCCAUGGAGUCCAUUUCAAGACAUGGGAUCUUCCGAUCCCCUACCACAAUUCUCCUACCUCGUCCACGAACUCCGGAAACACAACCUCGCUUACCUCCAUGUCACUGAGCCACGCGUCGGCGGCAACAUCGAUGUGGACGCACCGCCGCAGAGUAGCAAUGAUUUACUGCGUCAACUCUGGUGCGGGGACGAAAAGAACGCUGUGUUUAUUAGUGCAGGUGGGUACACACGACAGACGGCGAUCGAGACCGUGCAGGACAAGGGUGGCAUGGUGGCGUUUGGCAGGUUGUACAUUCCGAAUCCUGACCUCCCCAUCCGACUUAUGCACGACCUCCCGCUUGCCAAGCCCGACCGCGCAGUAUUCUACCUCUCAGGCGAUCACACUGAGAAAGGGUAUAUUGAUUUUCCAGUCGCAGAUGUAGAGACAGAGAGGAAGUCGUGA